UAAACAGCGUUUAAGCCCAGCGAUGAAUGAGGUCCACAUGAAUGCCUGUUAUUAAAAAAAAGCAGGUUUGGUAUUAGACUUUAGUCAGUCUGUUUAUUAAUGCCCAGAGAUGGUUACUUUUCUGAGAAAGCGGAGCCGUUUCGUUUUAUGACCUAGAUAAUCCCUGACAGAUGUGGAGUUCUCUGCCGUGUUACAUAUCGGGUUGGCAGCACGGACGUUAGUGGCUAAAACAGUUGAAAUAUAACUCUGACAGAGCUUAAACAGGUUUAUAAAAUAGGAUAAAUUGCAACACUGACGGCAUGAAUAAGCGAGAAGGUGAAGGAUGUCCGCGGAGAAAUGCUGAUGCAGUGCAGGACCGUGAAAUGAGUGCCAACCCAUCCUCACCUGUCAUUGCUGCUUUCAAAGUUUUCCAGCAGGAGCUUGACACCAAACACGACAAAUAUGAGCGUCUUGUUAAGAUGUCUCGAGACAUUACCAUUGAAAGCAAGAGGACCAUUUUUCUUCUGCAUAGAGUGACCAGCGUACCAGAGGCAGAGGAUGUUCUGAGUGAAGCAGAUGUAAAACUGGAUGGAGUCAGGCAGAAAAUUGGUCAGAUUGCUGAAGAACUCAGGGGAGAGGACAUCCAUCAGUUUCACAGAGCCUUCACUCCAGGGAUCCAGGAGUAUGUGGAGGCCGUCUCUUUCCUGCACUAUAUCCGUCAUCGCAGCCUCAUCAGCCUGGAGGAGAUCAACGCCAGACUGGUGUUCAUGAGAGCGGAAAAGGGUGCGGCUGAAACCAUGCCGCUGGGAUCUCAGGUCCUGACCUUCCAGGUGACGCCCUCAGACUACCUGCUGGGUGUCGCCGACCUGACUGGAGAGCUGAUGCGGAUGUGCAUCAGCAGCGUGGGCAAUGGCGACAUUGACACGCCCUUCCAGCUGAGCCAGUUCCUGCGGCAGAUCCACGACGGUUUCUCCUACAUCGGCAACACUGGCCCGUACGAGGUGUCCAAGAAGCUGCACACACUGCGGCAGAGCCUGGGCAAAGUGGAGGACGCUUGCUACACCCUUCGUGUCCGCGGCUCAGAGAUUCCAAAACACAUGUUGGCCGACGUGUUCUCCAGUAGGACCACACUCAUCGACCCUGAGGAAGGAGUGGUUUAAUCAACCAUAGCUUUCAACAACACUGUUUAUGUUCUCUGUGGUGUCAUUGUCUCCAUUAGUUUUGCUCCAGUUUUAUUGUUUGUAUGUAUUUUUAAUGGGAUUUGACAGAUGUUUGAAAUGUUCCGUGACAUGCCUGUUAAUUUUGACUUUAUUACAAGAAAAACAUUGUUACAAUAGACAAUGGAUUUUUUUUUCUUUGAUAAAGAUCUGAUGACUUCAGUUGUUUUGCAUGAAUAAAAGUCCUGUGCCAAAUAUG